CAGACGACGCGACAAUCACUUCCUCUUAAAAAUCAGCAACGAAGGGGCACUGUCCUGGAUACACCAGCAGUACGUCCUCCAAUAGAGGCACCAAUGACAAUUGGCAGCAGUACCAGUAACAACAAACCGAUUACCGCGGACGUUACCAGUUUCUCUCUUUCUCGUCGGCAGCUAUUGCUGGGCCUCCCAGGCCUUCUCUCCACAAGUUGCCGAUUACCCUCUCCCGGUUGGCGGGAGGCUGGCUCCUACUGAUGCGCCUGUUGUAGCAGCGCGGCGGCAAGCGCCUCUACGCGGGCUGGUUCAUGUCGCUUUCAAAUUCGACGGGUGAAGUUGUGCGAUUUGGAGUGGCUUUCGCGAAAAGAAGAGGUACGGGGGUGCGCCUGAAUCUGUGUGAGUGAAAUUGGUGACUGGGCCAAGUUGUUUAAGUAGACUUUUGUUCAUGGGAGCAAGAGUUACGGCUUUUCGUUGACACUCCGGUGUCUGCUAAAGACAGAUGCGACCCAAUUGAAGUUACCAGAUGUUGCCUGAAGCUGGCGGCAGUAAAUUGAGGCGAAGCACGCUGAAUGAAACAUAUCAUUUUGUUCGUUUUGUAUCGGCUGGGUUCAACGAGUACGAAGCAACGAAAAGGAAGAAUUAGUUAGAAAAAUUGAGUGAAGACCGACUAGGCAAUGUAAAACAAACCAUCUCAUAGCACAAGACGUCAAUAAGCAAAAAUGAAGCGGAUUUAGCCAGAUAAAUCACAGACUGCGUUUCAUCGCUGAUUCGUUAGUUAGUUGCCUGGUCCACGCGAUAUGUUACAUACGCGACGCCAAGCCAAUAAGGAAAAGUGAAGUUCACAGACAAAAAGUAGAAAAUGACACCGACAGCGGAUAGGGUCAGCUUCAGCUAAUUGUGAAGACCACAACGGAUGGGCAUUUCUGCCCAGAUCUUUACUUCUACGAGCAGCUCUCCUGUUUCAGUUAUUAACCGUUAUAAAUUCAUGCUCGCAAGGACACACUCACGUCGAAUCGUAAUUGAAAUCGUUUGUAAUUUGAAGAAUUGAGCGAAGGCUGUUGACGAAGCCAAAAGAGUUUCCUUGCAAUCCAGUGAUCAGCGCCAAGAUUCUUCCAGUAAACCUCACUACUGAAGACAAUGACAGGGUUGUGGGUUAUCGAGUGGACUAACCUGAAGUGGUGAGAGAUUAUAUGUUUAGAUAAUAUAUCAUAAUUAUAUCGGAAUAUAGAUGUCCCAGUGGUAGUUUCUUUGUUGAAAGACAAAGCCAGUGCUGUGAACCCUAUGCUAGUUGUGGAUACGAAAGCAAAAGUGAUCUGUUCUAUUCCGUAGAUUGUGUUGACAUAACAUAGGAUAACAACAAAGAAUUGAGACGAAGAUUACGUGAGUGAGUUUGGCAGAUGUCGUGUUGCGCACCCCUAUGUGACGAAGAAAAACUAACCAGUAACCGUGUACCCCCAGCAACGUUGAAUGCCAUGAACGAACACGAACCCAAUGGAUAACUUAACCUGUUCUUCGAAGGAGUACGAUGACUUGACGUAGCGGUUUGGUUUUGUGCUACUUGCAAGGGAACAGAGCAGAUAUAUCGGUUCCGAACGAGGCCUUUAACGAGAAAAAGUUACUUCUGCAUAGAAGGAAAUCUUAAAUUUACGGUAGCAGUGGAUAGUCAGCGUGUAACUAACUCACAAAUAAGUAACAGGUGAUACGCAAUGCAACGCGGACAUUGAUCAAUUAGUUGCUUUAUAAUUCAUCCAUACUUGUUAACGGUUAGUGUUUAGAAGGUAAAAACCUCGUAUGGAGAUCGUAUAUGAGUUUAGCGCUUGUUUAUCCACGCACCAGUAAUCUAGAAGAAUGAUAUUUUGAUAGUCAGUCUACCGGCAAAACGCAAUCAGGUAGCCGCAUAACGACUUACUGGAGGCGAUUCCGUCGAAGCUCAGUCAUCACUUAUUGUGACAGAUAUCUGUUAAGAAGAUCAUAAAGUGCAGCAAUGGGGCAUGCACUGCCGCUUACAAUAGUGGCUGCAUUGCUUGUCUCGACGUUCCUAACCGGCCUCGCGGAUACGGUAAAUACACUGACGACGUGUAACUGGCCCUCAUUAAUCGAACGGAUCCCUCACCUCGGUAACUUUACUUCCAUAUUUAAUGGGGAGCAAAUCAGAUUGCGAUGUCAAAAUGACUAUAAACCCACUGAGCAGGCGCAAUAUGCGAAGUGUAUUGACGGUGAGUGGAAUUGGCCGCCUAAUUUUCGUUGCAUCCCCAACAAUUUUUGUAGACUGUUAGUCGAGCCCAGCGCGGGCUCCCAUAAGGUGCUCCCCGGGUCACACGAGAAACGCUCAAAGUUAGGUCAGGAUAUUUUUGCCGACAACGAAGGUUUAAUAGUGAAAUGUCGAGCGGACAAUCAAACGCAUUCCUUCGCCUGUAGAAACGGUCAAUGGGAGCCGGAGAUGAGCUCAACUCCAUGUAAGCCAUCGAUAUGUAAGCAAGCAGCGGAGAUCGAGAACGGGUCGUUCCGUCGGCUGUCACCCGAGUACAUCGAGCCGUAUUGCAACGAAGGCUACGAGCUCAAAGGCAGCAAGACGGUUUUUUGUGUCAACAACAAAUGGACGGUCCGAAAAUCGGAGGUAUGGCCACACUGCGAGCGUAGUGAAGUUCUUCGAACACCGAGCAGUCAAUGGAAGCAGUACCAGUGGAUAGGAUAUGUCGUCGGCGGCCUUAUUUUGCUGGUAGGGCUCAUUGUUCUACUGAUUUGGUGCCAUCUGCGGCGCGACUCGCCUAAACGUAAUCGUCUCAUGCAUCAGACGUCGCAUGUUGACGAGCUUCUGCAUCUGCGACGCACGAAGCCGAUCGUGAUUCCGGAGCCGGUAGCCCAUACUCAGGUCCACUACACUCACGACCGCAAGCCUAUUCCCGUAACGUCACUAUAGUAAUGUGACCUUAUUUCUAUCUGUGUGUGAAAAUAAGUGACGUUGGGUCGUUUGCGUACAAAGAAACCACCGCGAUUUUGCUGCUGCUGCUGCUGCUGCUGUUGUCGCCUGAAACACCUUAUUUUAUAAUAACAAAAAAUGGCGCUUUACGGACGAUACGAACACCAGCAAACUGCCCGAUAACAAGUGGUGGAUAAAAUUCACAAGAAUCAUCGCUGGAUCAGUUCUGGUCCGGCAGGCAGCAGCAAAAGGGCAAGAAGGCAGUGGAAGAUCGUGAUUAGGCAGAAAUGAAAAAACCGUACCUUCGCUAUGGUUGUGUCCAUAACAUGUUGAUUUGUCUGUAAAUGUCUGCAUAUAGAGACGACCUAUGUGGCCGCAGCAGUUGUUAAGAGAGCUACCACAGUAACAACAAAGAAUCACACUCCACUGAAGAGCUGACAGCUGAUGUAAAACAUCUGCUGCACAACUAUGGUACCGAACGGCAGUUCGUUAACAGUACUGGCUUCGGCAAUAAGGAUACGAGAUACGGAUAGAAAACGGAACACAAAACAGCAGAGGCUAUUAAGGGAAGACGAAACAUAAAGGGAUAUAAAACGCUACAAAUAUGAUUACUGCGAUAAACAUUACUAACAAGUCGGUCAGCUUUUCUUCAAAAUAUGAUGAAACUCUCUGGGCCCCAGCAACCCACCGGUUCAGUCUACCGUCCGUGGUAUCGAGUAGACGAUAAGCUUCCCAUGAUGAAGUGGAACAAUGAUGUCUUCAAGCUGAAUGGGACAUGAGAAACGAGGACGAAAAAUUUUCUUGUAGUAUCCCUAUUGGCCAUCUUCGUUUGCUCGUCUCUACCUGCUGCUAUUUGCUAGCUGACACAUAUUCGAUUGCCAAGGGGACGACAGUUAAAGGUGAUCAGAUGAUGCGCGCUAGACGAGUCAAACGCGUCGGCCUUGACUGCAGCGCGGGCCAUGUCUCUGCACUAAUCCAGCGCUAGCAAGAAAUUCGUCCGGAUUCGUUUUGGAAAAGGACAGAAACAUCACUCGGUAGUUGUGAGACGAUCGCCGAGACGCAAGUCGAAUAACGCAGAGGACAAUCUAAUCUGCUGCUGUCAUCGUAACCGUAGUGCUCAGUGGUUCUUGGCUUCUCGUAUAUAUACAACAGAUAGAGUUGUGUGCUGAAUGUAUAUAUAGUGGUAGAUGCCAUAAUCGUCGUGGAAAAAGCUCAUAAAGGAUCCUUGCCUCUACAGCAGGAAGUGGAUAAGACAUUACUGUUGAACAGUGACGCCGAGAACGGGCAACACUCGAAGAAUCGAGACACCUCAGUCUUGUCGAUGGACAGACGCAGCGUGAAGCGGAACGCUUAAUGAAACUGGGCAUUGUAAGAUAACAGCCAAAUGAUGAGAAGUAAGAAUAGAAUUAAAAAAAAAAAGAUGACAAGGAAGACGAUCGUGACUUGUCACGUAUCGACGCACCUCUACUACAUCUCCUGAUUCGAAGUUAGGUUGCGUUCGCACGUGCCCAUCCGCCGCGGCAGUCCGACGUCGGCGGAGAAGACCUCCGAACACUCAGUCAACAUCAAUGUCUUUUUCAACGAACAGAAAAAUAAUAUGUAUUGUCGUCAACGAACAUUCUCUUUCACAUAUAUAAAUGCAUGUACAUAAAUCUCUGUUAAAAAAUCUAAACGCAAAAGUGGAUAUAAUUGAAAUCGGGCUAAAACAAACAUGAUUUUUUUUUACAUACACACAUUUAAAGACAGACAGAUGACGGCGGCGAGUGGAAGAUGAUCAUGUUCGAAAACAUAAUUGUUUACGGCAGUUACCUCUGGUCCUCCAGCAGCAAUUUACGUAGGCAACGACGACUGAACUCCGACAGUCAGUUAACGGAAAAUAGGUAUUUAUAUCAGUCUGUUUCGCUUUAUUAGCAUCAGCGAAGUCAAUAGUUGAGAAAUUUUGCAUUGUGUAUUAGAUAAAAUCAUAUGAUGGCAAACAACUGUCGAUUUCAGGGUAGAGAUUAGAGAAAUGCAACGUUAGGGUAUAUAAUCGUCGAACGUGUUACAUAUCUGAGGGAUGCGCCGUGCGUUACCAAGCGAAAACGAUUUAGUGCGUCUGUUAGAUAAGGUCAAUUGUUUGUCCAUCAGUGUGAUGCGUAAACCGUUACGUGCAUGCAAUGGCUUGGUGAGGUCGAUGGUGGUCCGCGCCUGUUCGAAUGAAUGCGUAGGCCAAAAAAACUCGGGAAUAGGACUCGUCUUGCGUGCAGUACGGAGAAAACUUAAGGGGCGCAGUAUACAAAAUUUGCCCUAAACGCUGGGUCAGCAUAACCCAUUCGCAGACAACUAUCCUGUUUUAUUUGCUAAUAGGAUCCCAUUAUUCGUAAACUAGUUUUCCAUAGUUUUGUAACUAUAUUCAAGUUUAUGUCAAUUUGCUCUUGUUUCAACGAAGUUCAAGACAUCAAAGAUCAAAACGAUUAUCGGCAAUGUCAACAAAGGCCAUUUUUAUUCUAGUUUUUUCAUUUUAACCAUUGUCUUUCCGCAUAUAUUUCAUAUGGAACCGGUUGUGUAGCCGAUAUUUCGAUUUUUUUUUCUUUUAUCAACCUGAAAUAUCCUAUCAGAUUUGUGAGGCAGACUGUAAGACCCAUGUAGUCUGUUGACGUUAAAUAAGAAAGCAUAACAACAUGUAAAGCCUUUUGCCCAUUUCUCGGCAUCAUCAGCGUCCGUUAGCCACUAGUCGGUUUUUACGAAUCGAACGAUAUCGCAGUGGCCUCGGUCGGUCGCAUCAGCGAUAUCGUUCAACGAGAAAUUUUUGAUACGGCCACAGUCGCUGUCGGGAAAACGCGGCAACAACCACUCUUUUACUUUCUUUUACGCGUCAGUUUCAACGGACGGAGCACCAUUUAGUGAAUGACGCGUCGAUAAUCAACCUACCAGUUAUCCAGCUAGUGAGCAAACAAAAGUACAACAGCGUCUUAUGGCACAAAAUAAACGCUUGUCAUGCUAAAAUAUAUCGUUGUCAGAGUGAGCCACGUGGAAAGACACUGGCAGACAAGACGACCAACCGCGAAGAGUCGUCGGAGCGUCUUGAGCAUUAUACGAGCAGCCUUCCCAAAAGAUACAGAUUAAAUAAAAACUUACCUUCCGCCACCAUUCAAAUCUAAUCCACAAACGCAGCAGCGAUCGCUCCUACGGGUUUUGACGAGAGGACUCACUCUGGUGCGUAUCUUGUGAUUUAGGCCAGUAAUUUUUCAUAGAGUUGAACUUUAUUUGGUCUUUCUUUUUCGGCAAAGAUUGUGUGCGACCCAGACACUCCCCAAGACGCCGUAUCGAUGUUAAGAGUCCUCGUGUAACUGUGUCACGGCCGAAACGGCCAGAAAAAAUCAAACUGAGAUUUGCGCCCAUGGGCAGAGAAUAGGAAAAGCGAUUGCAAUACUUGCUUCGAACAGUCCUUUAGCAUGAGUACCAAAUCAGGUUGGAACAGUACACCUUCAUAUAGUAUAACUUAAUGCCGGGUUGUUUGAAUCUAGUUUACAAUGCAAUAGACAAGUCGUUUCUUUAUCGGCGAUACCGAGAACAGGGCUGAGGCCGAGUUUGCUUCGGUUUUUGAUCGACGAGUCCUCUCAAUCGAUCGAUCGAUCGAAGAGAGUUUCCUAGUAAGUGUUGGCGUUUCGAGAUCAAAUCGUUUCGUACCAAUUUAUCAUUGUGAGGUCUCAGGAUUAGAGUGGAUUACAGCCUUAGGACCGGUCCCGUUAUUCUGUUUCCGAGACUGAUAAGCCAACCAUCGUCCGGCAUCACUGAACGAGGCGUCGUACGUGGAUUGAAUCAGCUGCUUUCGGCUGACGCCAAACCGACGUGCAUGGAUCGAAAACGAACCCCAUACCCGCACGGGCACGUAUAAGCAGAUGGAUAUAUUAACUAUUACUAGCCUUUCAUUCCUCAAUUCCAAAGCCAUGUUUCAGUGGUCAAGAAAAUUCAGUGAUGGCUACAAUCAACAAAAACGUUCCAGCAAAAAUAUUUUUUGAUUACAAAAUACAGAGAGUAAAUAAAAACGAUAUACGGGUAUUGUACGAGUAAAAGUUGGGAUAAUUUAAUUCGUUUUCGUUUAAUUGAAAACGCAAAUAAAAGCACGUCAUUCAGCACAUGUAUUGCGGGAACUACCGAUAUAACGCGCCGCUAUGAGCAGCUGCAGCUAGACUCAAUUUAACUGUUUACUUACAUUUUGCUGUGAUGUGAGCUUUUUUCUAUGUUCCUUUGUGUCUGCUAGAUACGUAAUAAAAAUAAUUGCAUGGAGGUACCAGCCACCUGAUUGUCCGAUGAUAUUUAUAUCUUGUUCUCAGGAUAUAUAUAGGUUUACCUGCUGUUUAACCUGUCUGAUGUACUACUAUCUUAGGUCCAUCUAACUGUAGACCUCGGAAAAUUUUUAUCCAAAUCCGAAAUUUUCUGUUAGACAAAACACUAUGCAGAGCUCCAAACAUACGGGCACGACGUGGUGCGUUCGUAAUGAAACACAUAGUUUUCAUGAGUCGACGUGUUCUAUCCAAUGAGCUUUCGAUACCAGUCUACACGCUAUGAGCACCCAAUAUGCGCACCUUAAGGACAAGCAAACAAAAGGAGAAAAGAAUAUUGGGUUAGGGUUCGCGACGAAACCCUGUUGUACCCACAAAUUCCCUUUGUAUAUAAACUGUAUUAUUUAUGUACCUGACACACGACAAAGCAACAAGAGGCUGUGAAUAAUAAUACUAAUGAUAAUAGAAAUCAUACAAUAGGAAGCGAUAAUGCAGCCGAUCGAUUUUUUCCUUUUAAAAAUGAGCGCACACGUGUGGCAAAUCUGUUCGACUAAGGGACACGCAACAGACCUUUGAAUAACACCAAAAAAAAAACAUCAUUUUUCUACGCUGACACCCACAACAAUCAAUGUCCAUAUAGUACAUCGAUGACAGUAUAUUCUUGAACGAAAAUAGAAUUUAGAUGCGUGUAUAUCACAUACAUCAAAUAUCUCGUUAAAGACACGAACCAAAUGGAAGUCCUUCAGAAAUCGAAGUACCACUAUCAACUUCAAUGUAGCCUAUUGAGAGAGUAACUGGUCAUUCCUACAAGAAAACCUCAUCAAGGCAGCACGAAACAAAUAAUCACUUAUGGUAUUGAAAUUAACCAAUUAGGCAACAGACGUCCAGAAAGGAAUAACAUUAUAUAGCAGAUGUAUCGAUGUAAUAUGCAAGUUGAAUGUUUGUGUGGCUUUACCGAAUGAGCAUCUUGGAUAGGUAAUUUUCAAGAUGUCUGAAAAAUGUACGAAAAAUUUGGCAGUGUCAAGACAAACCAAUUUUGAACAAAUCGGGGGUGUGUUACGUAAGUGUUUGCUUCGUAGCUAGUGAGGUUCCCAGUCUGUGCUCCGACUAUUUUCUCGUAUUAAUUGACGCGUGCAUAGAUCGUUCUGAAAUACGCUAAGAAAUCAGAGAAGCAACAGAGAGCGUUCUGGGCAUCUAUAUAUAUAUAUAUAUAUAUAUAUAUAUAUAUAUAUAUAUAUACACGUUAGUAGUCUUAGGAAUAUAUACAAUUUUCUGGUCGAAGAAAGAAGCUAGCUUAAAGCCGGAAACACAUUAUGAAAGGACGAUGACUUCAUCGUUGAUGAUUUAUCUCAGUGAAUUUGCUCUUCAUUGUAAGCGAUAGACAAAAACCGAGAGAGUGAGAUAGGACGGACGAGCAAAAGCGAAUAAACGAAUCUUAUCAAAGGUUGCUU